UCCAGGUGAGCGGAUGGGCGUUACCUAACGCGGAAGUUACUUUACCUUUGGGAUUAAAACGCUCGGACAAUAUGUGUGGUUUUGACAAACAGAAAGGGCCCGGGAGGCUGAUGACUCAAGGACUAACACUUAUAGUUGUUGGUCAUGUUAAUUUCAUUUUGGGCGCCAUCGUUCACGGCAGCGUUUUACGACACAUCUCCAAACCCCGUGGUCACAUAUCUACCGAGUACACCGUGUCCAACAUCAUAGCUGUCACCUCAGGACUGCUGAGCAUUGCAAGUGGAAUUGUUGCAAUAUUGGUGUCAAGGAAUAUUAAGAAUUUUAAACUGCAUGUGGGACUGUUGGUGAGCUCCUUCUUAAACGCUUUGCUCUCUACAGCCUGCUGCAUUGGGCUACUGCUGGCCAUCAGCCUGACCAUUUCAGCCGACGGUAAUGCCCUCAUGCAGGGCUGCAACAAUACAGGCCUGCCCAUUAAUGCUCGCUCGCCUGUCUCCGUCAACUGCCCCUUUGACACUACACGCAUUUAUGACACAACAAUGUCCUUGUGGUUUCUGUGCACUCUGUUAUCAGCACUGGAGACUGGUCUGUCUGUGUGGUGCUUUAUAGUGGGUCUCACACUGAGAGGGAUUGGGUCUUGUGGUCACACUUACCUUAGAGAGCAGCUGGAAGAAGACAGCUUGGCACAUACAUCAAAGGUGGAUCCAGAAUUUUCAGCCCCGAGCCAACGUCUCAUUGCACCCCGUUCCGGCCAGCCAUAGACACCAAGAUCAAUCAGAAAUCUUGGCUUUGGAGGAACUCUGACUCUAAUGAGCUAAUGAAAUGGAUUCGGUAUUGGUAUUGGAAAAUACAAGUGUUUUUGUGUGUGUUUGCUUUAAACAUACAUUAGGGCUUUCGAAAGGGUUUUCCAAUUUCCCCAACCAUUUAGAACAAUUGAAGGUUAAGACAUUUCCUUAUAGAUUAUGUACAAGAGAAACUUGUGUAAACAUUCCAGGUAAAAUUCUCCAGUAUAAAACUAUUAUAAAUAUAAAGACCCAAUGUUUACCAAUUAGGUUUACAGGCCAACCUGUUUUAUGUAAUCUAAUUGAACAAAUAUACACAAUGUUUAUAUUAUACACAUUAUUAAUGUGUAAACAGGUAAUGACAAUGGUUUAUUUUAAAUAAUUUACCUAAGAUUUGGAGCACUCCAUAUGUAGUGCCUACAUAAAACACUGAACAAUUCAGGGGCAUUAAGUUUGUUCUUACAGAUAAAGAGAAAUGUAAGGGAAUAAGAGGAACCUUUCUGUAAGGUACUGAGGUGUGAAUACAAGUAGAAGGAUGCUGCUAAUUCUGAUUAUUUUGAAUCAAGUUUAAUGAGAAUGAGAUAAUAAAAUUCUUAUUUAAAAGAGUCUUAAGUGACGCUUUUACAGCAAGAAUGACGUUUGAUGCUUGGCAUACAGUAUACGUAUGUGUUAAGGCAUAUGAAAGCUCAUGAAUUUAGAUAGAUUUUUACAAAUGUUUUUUAAGUAAAUUUCUAUCUUUUAUCUUAUCUAAUUAAAAUGAAAACAGUUUGUUAAUAAUAAUGAAUAUAAAAAUGAUGGUUUACAUGCUUGCUACUUAUGUUUAUUUUUAUUAAUGUUUUUCAUUUAUA